CCCCCAGGCCAGCUCUCUCCGGGCGGUGCGACCCCACACUGGACCCACCCACCCGGGGUCGGAGGCCAAGCGUUUCCAUGCACCGCUCCCCGCGCCUCGCGAGCAUCGAGCAGCUCCCUCAGGAUCGCCCCUGACCUGCUGAGCUCCAGCCACAGAUUUCCCACUUCCUCAGCUUUUCUUCCGCCGGCGGUGCUCUCUGGAGGUCUCGCCCCGGCGCCGCCUCCUCCAGGCAGUCCUCUAGAUUGCAUUGGCCGUGGGCCUGGACGCUGCUCCCGGGGGCAGCCCCCGGCCAGGGCCAGGCACACCCGAUUCCUGGAGCUUCCUAGGUGCCUCUAAGCCCGCGGCCAGCGCAGUCUCGGGUUUCCAUGACGACGACGUCGGAUGGGGAACCCGGGCGGGGUCGGGUCGGAGCGCAUGCGCGGUGCGCGCCGGACGCGGAACAUCUGCGGGUGUCCCCGCGCUGCUGGUCCCGGGGUCCCUGAACCGCGGGCGGCCCCGCUCCCUUCGCUGGCCAUGGCCCCCCCGCCCGCGUGCCGGUCCCCGAUGUCACCGCCGCCGCCGCUGCUGCUGCUGCUGCUGAGUCUGGCGCUGCUGGGCGCCCGGGCCCGCGCCGAGCCCGCCGGGAGUGCCGUCCCCGCGCAGAGCCGCCCAUGCGUGGACUGCCACGCCUUCGAGUUCAUGCAGCGCGCCCUGCAGGACCUGCGGAAGACAGCCUGCAGCCUGGACGCGCGGGUGAGCGCCCGCGGCGCGACGGUCCUCCCGGGCUUCCCAGGGGGUGGGGAGGGCACGGAGGAUGAGGAAGAGGCCCCCUGGGGGAGAGGAGAGUCCUUCAUCCUUCACCCCUGAUUUAAGACGCCGCACCUACGCCCGCUUCCUCUGGCUCCAGUCAUCCAAGGGGCAUUCUGGGCACCCGUCUCACCUAUGAGACGCCCCUCUCUCCAGCAUGCUGUGUUUCUAGCCCCUCCCCCAGAAGGCCCUCACUGGGCACUUUGUCCUAUGACCGCCACUCCUGAGGGCUGUGACAGACGUGGACCCUGGGGAAGGACAGUCAGCCCAAUCCAGGAUCCCCUAGGUGGCCGGGAAGGCCCUGGGGCAGAGGAGAAACUGAGGCCAGAGGAUGUGGCGAAAGUGUCAGGAAUGGGGGGUCAGGCUGGGCAGGGGGGUCUGGAUCCUGGGUGGAUGCACAGGUUGGUUAAGGCCCCUCCAAGCCUGGGUGAACAGGGAGCCCCCAGGCCAUGGGGUGCAGCCAAGGAGUUUUUGUUUGUGCCGGGGCUCAAGCUUCUUCCUGGAAAGGGAGAAUUCUAGGAAGGAGAAAGCAGAGAAGACCCUGCCUGGUCCCACCCCCCACCAGCCCUAGUGUCCUUCUUGGGAACACUCCAAAGGGCUCGGACUAAUACCUGGAGCCCUCUCCCCACUCACAGAGCCUGGAGCUGAGCUUUUGGGAGGAGCAGCCCCCAUCUAUCCUUAGGCAUGAGGGUGGGAGUGGGGGACAGUGGACCCCUGCGGGUGGUGUGGGAGGUGGAAGAAGGCAGGUGGGCACUCUGGCAUGGCGUGGGCACCAGCAGACCCCAGGCAGUCCCCACCAGUGGGAGCAACUGCAGAGCGAAGAGACGAGUCGGAGGCUCUGGGUGUGGGGGUUAGAGCCAGGGCCUGACCUUGUCUGUCUCAGGAGCCAGUGGAGAUAGGGCUGCCUUGGGUAGGUGGAGGCCCAGGGGAAUGCCAGUGGGCAGCUGGGCUGCACCCUCACGUCUCUUGUUGCUUUGCAGACGGAGACCCUACUGCUGCAGGCAGAGCGCCGUGCCCUGUGUGCCUGCUGGCCGGCGGGGCACUGAGGACCGUGCUGCUCCGUGUCAAUAAAUGCCCAGUGGCAAGCCUG